AGCCGCGGUGGCGGGCGGCAGCCGGCGCUCUUCAAAGUCUGCGAGACGCCGCUGAGCGAGUACUCGGACGGCCUCAUCUCCGCCGAGGAUGCGGUGGGGGACGUGUGCGUCGGCUUCGACCCCGCCGGCCGCCCCGAGUUCAUCGCCGCCGCGUCUGCGACGUCGGUUGUUGUGGUCGACACGCAGUGCUUCGACGAGUCGCUCAGGGCGAACGCCACGGAGGCGGUCGUGCAGGCGUUUGCGAAGCAGCAGCCGCAGCACCACCAAUCGCGGCGGCCGCCGAGUGAAACGUUCUGUGCCUCCUUCGCCGCGGCCGAGGUGGUGCGUGUUUUAGUGCCGGAGCGCUACCAUGCUGCCUUCGCGGUGGACGUUGCGCUUGUGAUCGUCUUCGACAACGGCGAGGUGCGCUACGUGGAGCGCAACGUUGUGGGUGGCGCGGUGCAGCUGCUGCUCGAGCACCACCGGCAGCGGCAGGCGCGGCAGAGUGAAGUGGGCGUGUCGAUGCUGCGCGAUGGCGACAGUGAUGACCCGCGUGCGCUGCCACACGUGCUGUACGCAUACAACCUUUCUUCCGUGGUGCACAACGUGUGUGUCACGGCGGCGGGCUCACACGCGGCGGCGCACUUUGUUGUAAACGACGCCGCGCUCUGCUACGAUGCCGCCGGCCAGCAGAUGCGUCUCGUCGUCGCUGGCGCGGAGACGCAGUCCGCCGAUCGGUCGGAGGUGCCGUGCAGCACGACGGGGUGGUGGGCGGUGGCUCACGGCGUCGUGUGCGUGCGGGACACAUUGGCGCAGCAUCAGCAGCAGCACUCCGUGCUGGCCGUGUCGAGCUUUUCAGGGCCACAGUCG